AUGGCCGGAAACAAAAAGGUGUUCAUUAUCUACUACUCUAUGUACGGCCACGUGCAAGCGCUGGCGCGCGCCGCCAAGGAGGGCAUUGACUCAGUCGAGGGCAUGGAAGGCGUCCUGUACCAGGUGGCGGAGACCCUGCCGGUCGAAGUGCUGGGCAAGAUGCACGCACCCCCCAAGCCAGUGGACGUCCCCAUCAUCGACCCCCACAUCAUCAACCAGGCCGACGCCUUCAUGUUUGGGUUCCCCACGAGGUUUGGCCUCAUGUGCGCGCAGAUGAAGGCCUUCUUUGAUGCGACUGGCAGCCACUGGCAGAAUGGGGCGCUGGUGGGCAAGCCUGCCGGGCUGUUCACGUCUGUGGCCACCCAGGGGGGAGGGAUCGAGACCACGAUCAUGACGGCCGUGACACAGCUGGCGCACCACGGGAUGAUCUUUGUGCCGCCCGGGUACAGCUUUGGCGCCGCGAUGUUCGACACAAACACUGUUAAGGGCGGCGCCCCCUGGGGUGCCAGCACGCUGGCGGGCGCCGACGGCUCCCGCCAGCCCUCGGAGAUCGAGCUCGCCUUCGCGACCCACCAGGGCAAGCAGCUGGCGCAAGUCACCAAGAAGCUCACGGCGUGA